ACACUACCAAAGGCCUCAAACAAAAAUCUUCAUGUAAUUGCUAGUACUGUGAUUUGUGCUGUAGAGAUGGUGGAGGAUCAGCCAGCAGGAGGUGAAUCAGAGGUGAUCACCACCGUGACAGGCGGCAGUAAACCUGUGCACCGCUUCCUCAGAGGACAACCCAAGAGUAUUGGGGUUGUGCUGGUGAUGAUGGGUAUAGGUCUAUUCAUGUUUGGAAUUCCUAUGACUACGCAAUCAUAUGUACCAACCUUAGACGAGCAGUUCACCCCAUUCUGGAUUGGGAUCUUGUUCUUUAUCUGUGGCCUUCUUUAUAUACUGUCUGAACGCAACCCCUCUAAAAAGAUAAUCACAGCCAGCCUUGCUCUGAAUAUCAUCUCAAUCAUUGGAGUGCUGUUUGCUUUGCUGGAAUUCUCCAGAGUAAUUGUUGCAAUCAAUUACUAUGAGGGUCAAAUGUAUGAGAAUCAGAACGGGGAGGAGGAACUUUAUGCCAGACAACAUUUUAUGUUCAUCAGAGACAUGGAGCUGGUGUUCUGCUGUCACAGCUUGAUAGGAGGCGUUCUGCUUGUAACCAUGUCAUUUUUCGCCAGGGCCGCGCUGCGAUCCAGCAGGAGUCAGGUGUUUGUUGUAAUGCGGAACCUGCCGUCAGCCGAGUGAACAGACUGAAAUCAUCCUUCUUAAUGUGCAUGAAGAGGAGCUGACAUCUGUGGGAGCGCAUUAAAAAAUGUAGAAUAACUAACUGUGAUCUUUAGAAUUGCUUAUAAACAGUGUAUUAAAUGGUAACAAAAUGAGUAGUAGUUUUCUGUGUUAUUAAUAACAAUGUUUUCUACUGAGACCUACAAUGAAAAUAGCAUUCAGAGUGUAGGGACAUUUAUUAUUUGGGUUCCACAAUAUAUUACUAUAUUAAGUGUCUCUAAUACCUGUGUACUUACAUAGUAACUAAAUGUCUACGCAGUAUGUAACCACAGUGUAAGUACACAUUGGUAUAUUGUCUCUACAGCUGUAAUAUUUCUGUAACUAAACACAUGUAACAACCCUCAGGAUGGUUUGUGUAAGUAUAAAUGUGUAACAGGACAGACAGUGACUACACUUUUUUUUUUUACUUCACUAAGUAUUCAUUUAACAGGAAUUAUAUAACUACAUUUUGUAACAGCGUGUAUAUAAUUAAUUUGAAUCAUUUGAUCAAGAGGGUGAAGAUGGGUAGGUUUAGGGAUGUGUAAAGUAGGAGGAGUUGGAUCUCGAGGUGGAGUUGGUGCAUUACUGUAAUACUAGUGUGUUUACACUGUAAAAAAUCAUUUGUUGAGUCAACUAAAAAUACUUUAUUACCCCACAGUCUAUUUUUGUU